UUGGAAGGGGAGUGACAUUGUCAAGUUGAGUUUCUGAGAGAAAAGAGAUGGCAUCUAGUGAUUUUCAGUUGGAUGAAUCAAUUGAUGCUGCUAGUACCCCUAGUGAUCAGGAUACCUGCUUUGUUAUUGGUGAUCAAGAUUACACUUACCAGGAUAAAACCCAAUUUGAUGAUGCCUUUGAUGACAUAGCCAUUGCACUUGAAAUUGAACCAUUUGAUAAAAAAAUCUCUCUGGACGUAUUUUGGGAUAUCAUUCUCAAUGAAAAGGUUCCAGUGACAACAAGUCUUGUAGCAGUCAUGGGCUUACCUAGCUCUGGAAAGACUACAGUUUUAGAGUCUGUUCUUAAACACAAGAUAAAAUUAAAACCUAAGGCAAAGUUAGAAUUUGAUCAAUACCUCAAAAGAAAAAAAAAUAAGGAAUCUCUGUCAAUAUAUGAGCUGUGUGCUCUUGGCAGUUCACAACACGACAAGUACGCCUGGUCCUUUGCCACCAAUCGCUAUGGGGCAAUAUUUUCAAUUCUUUGCAAUAUAAUUCGUCAAAACCCAUGUGUGGCAGAUAUUAAGUUUGAAAUGGGUAGUCGAUCACAAGAUUCUGGAGGAAUGGAUAAGCAUGUGCGAUGGUUAAUGGGCAGGGCACAAUAUGUACUGGAGAAAAUCAAAGACGAACCUGGCAAACUGGCCUUACUCCAAGAUGGUCUCUCUUUUAUUAAUGUAAUCGAUGUUGGUGUCAAUAAAGCUCUUUAUGAUUUCUUAUCAAUUAUGUUGCUGUCCUGCCACCGACACAUUCGUCUUGCUUUCUUCUCACUGGAUAGAGAUGCUCUUAAUCUUGAUGAGAAACCUGAACUACCUUCUGAUUUUUAUGGAAAGCGAAAAGAUGAUGUUUUGGUUAUGCAGCAAAGGUCUCGACUCACAUAUCUCCUCCAUUUUGCUACAGUUGGUUACACUCAGCAACAGCGCAAUGAAGAAGAAGCACUAAAUGCUACUGUUAUGGUAGCUACAAGAAAGGAAUCAGCUACCAAUUCUGAUAUAAGUAAAGCCAAAGAAGAGAUUAUGAAACAAGCGAAAUCUCAAGACGUAGACCAGUUCCUACAACACUGGCUACAAGUUGAUGUAGAUGAUGACAAUUCUAUUGCUAAGGAGUUUGGAGAGAAGAUGGAAGGCCUUAUUAAAAGCAAAUACAAGCAAGGCACAAUACAAAUUCCUCUUCGAUGGAUAGUUUUUCGAAGCCUUGUUAUAUCUCUUGAUAGCAAAGGAUCAAAAGUUAUGAUCCUACAAAAGAGUUUUAUUGUAGCUAUGGCAAAGGAGCUGAAAAUGUUAGAAGAUGAUGUUGAAAAUUUUUUAAAAACAUUCACUGACUUUGGUAGCAUCCUCUACAUGCCUCAGUAUGACAGUAUUAAAGAUAUUGUGAUUGUCAAUAUUUGGGAGUUCACUCAGUACCUGAACAAGCUUUAUUAUCCUCAGGAAAGAGAACCGUAUGCUACCAAUUUGAGAAAGUAUGGAAUCAUAUCAGAAUCAUCUGUCAAAAAAAUUUUUUGCAAACAUCCUGAGAGUGCUGAAAAUUUCAUGAAGGUUCUUACGACUAUUGCAAUGGCCUCUAAAAUUGAAAGUGGCCAGUCUAUCCUCAUUGACAAUCAGCAGCAACCUGAUGAGGUACACUAUUAUUUACCAUUAGCAAGAAUGCAUGAAGAAUAUACACCAUCAGAAGAAGAGAAUGAUUAUGCUUUCAUUGAGAUAGAGAGUGUCAACUUCCCAGCCAAUGUACAAGCUUGCAUUAGCUAUGCCAUUAUGGAUAACAACAAAGAUGCUGUUCUUAUUGCUACAGACUACAGCAACAUCUCACGAUUUCUAUUCCAAUCUAAAAGUGGUCCUCCUAUUGAAAUAGCGAUGAUAUACAAAGGAAGCAAGACAAGAUUAAGAAUAAUGAACAGCUCCAAUGACAUACUCACAUCUCCAGCAGCAGUUGAAGCAUGCAAAAAAGUAAUCACUGCUUCAUGUCGAUGUCUUCAAAGGAAAAUUAAUACGAUGCGUGACCUCAAAUAUAGUUUUGCUGUUCCCUGCUGUGAGUCUCCUAGUGAAAAAUGUCACUAUCUGUACUACAAUUGUGAGUCUCAACUUUGUGAUGAUUGUUCAGCUGAAAAUAAUGUCAGAUUAUGCUGGAGCAAAGCAGCAAGUAAGUGUGACAAAUUAAAGAAAGACGAUGAAGCAAGAUUAAAAGAAACUUGUCAUACAGAUAUUCCACUUACAUUACAAGACAUUGCUGGUCUCGUUACUGAUGAGUAUGAUUUUGAUGCCUUGAAAGAAGCAUUUAACAUCAAAGAUGUUUUGCUUCCUUAUCCAGAAGAUAGUGAGCGCAAAAAGAAGGCAAUGAUGCUGAUGCUCCUACAUUGGGAAAAUCAGCAGGCAAAAACACCAACUAAGCAUGCACUAAAAACUAUAUUAGAGGAUAGGGGGUUUGUUCAUAUUGCCAAAAAACUGAAUACUGAAAUAAAGUGAUGUAUAUUAACUCAAAUAAUUACAAUACCAUAUCUAUACUGUUAUACUAUAUCUAUACUGUUUCUACAUUAUUGCUAGACUAUGUGUUGGAUUAAUUUUAAUAGUAAUU